GCGUUCCCGGGCCGGGCGGAGGGCUGCUGCGUUCGCCGCUUUGCUUUACUUUGUCCCCCUUUCCCCGCUUUGUCUCCGGCCGCUUUUUUUCCCCCCGCUCCGCGUGGCCGAACGAUCCCGAAGCGUUCCCGUCGGAGGGUCCCGCAGUGCCCCGGAGCGCCGCGUGCCGGGUUCGGUGCUGCGGGGCACCCGGCGCUGUUACCGCGAUCCGGGUUCAGCCGCACCCGGAGACCUCAGAGGGCGCUUUGUGGCCUCCGGUCCCGGCGGGAGGAGGAAGUCCCGGCCCCGCGGCGUCACCGUCCCGCUCGGGCACCGCCGGGGAUUCCCGCUGAGCUCCGGGGGGCGGGGAAUUCGGGGUCCUCGGGGUCUUCUGGAACGCUCUGUGGGACCCCCGGCCACGUGUGCUGUGCGAUCCUACGGGGACGCUUUGCUCCUCCGAACCGCAAAUGCUCUGCGGCCCUUUGGGUUCCUUUGUCGCAAGUGCUUUGGGGUCCUUUGGGUCCCUUUGCCAUUGGCACUUUGGGAACCCUUUUGGCACGGAUGCUUGGGGAUGCUUUACAAACCUUGGCCACAAAUAUUUUGGGGUCUUUUGGGACCCCUUGACUGGGGACCCCUUGACUGGGGACCCCUUGACUGGGGACCCCUUGACUGGGGACCCCUUGACUGGGGACCCCUUGACUGGGGACCCCUUGACUGGGGACCCCUUGACUGGGGACCCUUUUGGCCAUGAAUGCUUAGAGGUCCAUUGGGACAUUUCUGCUUUGUUGUUUUUGGGGUCCCUUUACCACAGAUGCUUUGGGACCCUCAGCGCUGCUGCUGUGCUCCUGCAGAGCAGAGGUGGCUGCAGUGGGAGCUGCACCCAGGGGUGCUGGAGCUGUGGGGUGGAUGAGGGUUAAAACCACAGCAUGGGUUGAGGGGUGAUGGCAAAAUAGCUGUGUUGUGAUGAGCACAGGGCUGUGAGGGCAUGGCUUUCAGGCACACAUGCAAGCAGGGAGCUGGGGAACGAUGGGUGUGUGUGUGCUGUGGGGCCAGGUCCUGAAUCCCAUAGAGGUAUGGGGCUGAAGCUCCUGGGGAUGGGCUGGAGGAGUGGGGGAAUUCACGUUGAAUUGGGUCGCAUUGUUUGGCUGCAGCACGUGGCUGUCCUCUGUCUGAGGGCUGCUGGUUGGUUUUGUUGUUUUUUACCUUUGAUGUCACCCCUGUUUAACUUGGUGUAAACUCAAGGAAGCCUCGCUUCCAUCCUUCCCUUGGGAAACAGCCCUGGAGGCGUUGGGCUCCACAUCCAUUCUGAGGGCUGAAGGAGGAGGUGGGGAGCAGUGAGUGGACCUCACUUUGCUCAGCAAAAACCCUCAGAACUUCUCUCAUGCAAACAGAGCCGGAGCCAACCCCACCUGGAUGUCCCUGCAGCCCCAUUCUUCCUUUGUGUUCUCGGGGGGGGGGCUUUGUGCCGCAGGGGGUUUGCACAAUGUGAGUAAAUUAUUGAAGGCUGAGACCACGUUACUUCUCUUAAAUCCAUACAGCCCACGUCACUCGUUGCUUUGGAAGAGCUUUUGUCCAGUGGUCGCUGGGCUUGGGGAUGUCAGCAAAGUGGUGUUGAAAGCCAGGCUUUAGGGUCAUUGGGAAUCUUAUGGUGUUUGGGGUCACAAUCUUUUCCCCAGCCUUUGAGUAGUGCUGAGAGCUGUGCUUUUUCUUGCAAGCAUCAUGCAAAGCCUUGCCGUUCUCACUCUAGCUCCUUCCAGUACCUAAAGGGAGCCUAUAAACAGGAGAGGAGCCAACUCUUUGAAAGGUAAAUAAUGGCAGGACAAGGGGAAAUGGUUUGAAGUUGAAGGAAGGAAGACUUAGGUUGGAUGUCAGGAGGAAGUUCUUCAUUAUAAGGGUGGUGAGGUGCUGGAACAGCUGCCAGAGAGGCUGUGAUGCCCCGUCCAUCCCUGGAGGUGUUCGAGGCCAGGUUGGAUGGGGCCCUGGGCAGCCUGGGCUGCUAUGAAAUGUGGAGGUUGGUGGCCCUGCAUGCAGUAAGGGAGGUUGGAGAUUUGUGAUCCUUGAGGUCCCUUCCAACCCAAGCCAUUCUAUGAUUCUAUUUCUCACAUAAUUGCACUGCAGCAGGGCUGUGGGCUCAACCUUUGUGUGGGGGGCCCCAACACCUCCCCUGCUGCCUGCCCACACCUCACUGCCUUCACUUUACUCUGCAAUUUCCAUGUCUGUGAGCGGGCAGCUCAUUUUAAGACAUUGCCUCAUGUUUCCCCACCUGCAAAAUGCCACAUCCGUGGGGCAGGCGUGGGUGCAAAGCCACGUGCUGAGCAUGGGGCUGCAUUGAUGUGUGCAUGGGGAGAGUGGGCCGAGCGAGGCUCAGCUCCAUCCGUGACCCCAUCACAGGGGCUGCUCUGUGUACCCAGGGACAGCAGGUUGGCUGGGAGCUGUGGGUUUCCCCAUAGAUGGUGCCAUCAUGUCCCCAGUGCUGAGCAGCUCAGGGCAGGGCUGUGUCCAUGCAUUCAUGCUGCCCAGCUCCAAGGUGCCGCUGUGCGUCAUGCAGCAGCUUGUGCUGGGGAUUUGGCUGGGUUAUCCCUGUAAUUCGCUGGCUGUGGGAAUGCUGGAGCUGGGGGGAGGGCUGGGAGUGAGCGUGCUGCAGGUGGGGGCCCUGUGGGUGCAGCCUGUGUGCCAGCAAGGAGCUGGGAGAUGGGAAUGAAUGGCAAAGCAUCCCUGGGGAGGGAGGGAUGGGUAAGUGAAUGCUGGGACCACACCAGCUUGAGGAGGAGGAAGGCAACGGCUCUUGGCACCCGAGAGGCUGCAGAGUGUGCUCCUGGCAUGCUGCUAUGAUGUGCAGGAGGGGUGCUGGGCCUGGGAAGGGCUUGGCAGCUCACAGCAGGGAAGUGGGGCUGGGAUGGGGGCACAGCAUCGUGUGGUGUUGCUGUGUUUGGGUGCUGUGUGCUCUCUGCUCGUGCUGCGUUGGAUGGGAUGUGUGGGACAGGGUAGACCGCUCCCAGCUGGGCUUUCCUGUGGGGAAUGCAGGUCUUGCACUGGGGAGGAGUGGGAUAAACCUUCCUGGAUGGAAUUUGGGACAGAUAAUGAGGCUGCAGAACUGGCUGAUGCUUUGGAGGAGGGGUGGGUAUGCGUGCAGUGGUGGGACAGUGACACAAGCCUGGGGGUGGCUGUGUGCAGAUAAGCACUCUGCUCCAGGAGAUACAAGCCUGGGGCCAAGCAGCUCUCCUCACUGUUUGGCUGUGGUGAGGGCUGCACUGAAUGCCCACAGUUCUCUCAUGAUUGGGUGGGUGGAACUUCUGCACAGGACCGAGCAUCACCUCCUGCUGCCGUAUCCCAUGGCGAUGCUCUGAGCUCAGGAGAAAUCCCCAGCAAACACAGGGACCCCAGCAGGACGUUCCUCCUGGGAGCAGAGUGCUGAGGGAGUUUGCAGAUCCUGGCCGCGUGCUCUUUCCAAGAGCAGCUCUCAAAGCAGCAGCAUCUUGCAGAUGUGGAGGAAUGAGCGUCUGCCCUUUGCCCUCCCACACAAAGAAUUUUGCAUCUGGGGAAGUGAGAGCGAGCUGGGGGACAGCCCUGAUAUUCCCUGCUCUGCAGAGCCAUACCCUGCACAGGGGGACCCCGAGCCCAACCAGGAAUUGGGGAAGCUCUGAAGAAUUGUGCAGCUUGAGCCGGGUUAAUGAAGCCCAGCAGCUUGGGGAAUCUGUGCUGCACGUGGUGUUGGGGUGCGUGUACAGCGAGGACGUGGGGCUGCAGAUGGGAUCACAAAGAGCAGAGCCUUUUUGCAAUGGGUUGGGGGGUAUUUGGGUAUCAACUCCUUGGGCAGAGGGGGACGUGCUGGGAAUGAAUGUGCCUUGGGAAGUGGGCUGGGAAGAUCCCCAUCCAGCUAUUGUGGGCAAGUCCUUCCCUUUCCGUGCAGAUAGUGGCUCAGGAAACCCGGAGAAACACGGCUCCUGGAAGCACUGCUGUGGGGAGGAGGUGGUCCUGACGGGGGAUCUGUGCUCUUGUAGGGUUGUGCCACGGGGAGGUGCCCCAAUGCACAGCCGUGCUGCCCAUCUGCCCUCCCCUCCUCACCCAAUGCCCGAGCUGCGUGCAGAUGGGAGGGGGGAGGAGGAAAGCUGGCUCAGCGUUAUCACAGCCACCAGCACGCUCCGUGGGUUGGUGCCUCUAUCUCGGCCGCGUGGUUUUGCUUCCUUCCAGGGUGUGCCGAGUGCCUGAAACUCAUCCGGGAUGAACAAACCACGCGGCAGUUGCCCAACGUCCUGCUUGCUGUGGGAAUAGGCAGAAGGAAAGUGAGGAGAGUUUCCCAAUUGCGCACCCAGGGAACUUGUCAGGCUCCUGCCCGGCCCGGCUGCUCUCGCACCAGUCCCACCAGGCAGAGCAAGAGAACCUCAGCCAUGCCCUGGGACUCCCAUGCGUGAAGGACAGAGGAGAAGGGAGAAGGAGUCCAUUGAGACGCACUGCGUGGGAUCCCUGCCACGCUUAUGAGCCUGCCACCCCCUCAAGAUGGCAUCCAGCAAUAAGAAUGGGAGCAGCCGCUCCAGCAGCAGCCGCCUGCAGAGCAAGAAGCCCCCCAACCUCUCCAUCGUGAUCCCCCCGCCCCGGGAGGCGGAGGAGGAUGGCACCCACAAGGAGCCCUCCAAGGUGCCCAUCUAUCGGAAGAGCAAGAGCCUGCAGGAGCCACGCUCAAAGGGAUGUGAGAACUCGGAGCGGCGGCCGGGCUUCCGCCGACAGACAUCUCUGUCCCAGAGCAUCCGCAAGGGCACGGCGGAAUGGUUCGGCGUCAGCGGCGACUGGGAGGGGAAGCGGCAGCACUGGCAGCGCCGCAGCUUGCAGCACUGCAGCAUGAGGUACGGCAAACUGAAGGCUGCCUAUCGCGACAUGGAGCUGCCCAGCCAGGAGGUGCCCUCCUUCCAAGGCACCGAGUCACCCAAACCGGCCAAGAUGCCCAAGAUCGUGGACCCUCUGGCCAGGGGCCGUCCCUUCCGCCACCCCGAUGACACCGACCGUCCCCAUACACCCCACCACGUCCUGCCCCCCCACACCCCUGGUGUCACGUCGCUGGCAUCUCUGGGCAGUGCCCGCUCUGCUUACAGCCGCCUGCCACGCCGCAAGAGGCUCUCCGUGGCACACAUGAGCUUCAGGGCGGCCGCCGCGCUGCUCCGUGGCCGCUCUGUCUUGGAGCCUCUGACUGAGAAGCAGAGGAGCACCAAGAGGAGCUUCAUGUACCCCAGCUUCAUGGAUGAGGACGUGGUGGAUACUGCUGACACGCUGGACUCCUCCUUCUUCAGUAAGAUGGACACGCACGACGAGACCUAUUCCAUGCCAGAUGACGUCUUCGAGUCACCGCCACUCUCAGCCACGUAUUUACGCAUGCACUCAGUGGGGGAGGAUGUCAGGGCAUCCCCAGAGGUGGAGCAGACCGCACUACGUGAGGGUGCCCGUCUCGCUGCUGCCUCAGCUGGCCCGGCCCCCCAGAGGGGCAGACGCAUCGCUUCCAAAGUGAAGCAUUUCGCCUUCGACCGCAAGAAACGUUACUAUGGACUGGGGGUGGUGGGGCAGUGUCUGAACAGGACGUACCGCCGCAGCCUCAGCAGCAUCGUGCAGUCUCAGCUGGAGAUCACUGACAGCCACCGGCCGUAUUUCACCUACUGGAUCACCUUUGUCCACAUCAUCAUCACCUUGCUGGUCAUUGGCACGUAUGGCAUCGCUCCCAUUGGCUUCACCCAGCACGUGACGACAGAGUUAGUGCUGAGGAACAAAGGUGUGUAUGAAAGUGUCAAGUACAUCCAGCAGGAGAACUUCUGGAUCGGGCCCAGCUCGAUCGACCUGAUCCAUCUGGGAGCCAAAUUCUCACCCUGCAUCCGGAAGGACCGCCAGGUGGAGCGGCUCAUCCAGCGCGAACGGGACCGGGAGCGGAACUCUGGCUGCUGCGUCCAGAAUGACAAAUCGGGCUGCAUCCAAACACUGCCGCAGGACUGCUCGGAAACGCUGGCGACGUUCAUCAAGUGGCCCAACAACAACACGCCGACCAUGGGCUCUGGUGAGAAGCGCACGUCAGGGGCUGUGUGUCACCAGGACCCCAGGACGUGUGAAGAGCCGGCCUCAAAUCCCCCCCAUGUGUGGCCAGAUGACAUCACCAGGUGGCCGAUCUGCACCUACGAGACCAAAACCAAUCACACAGGCCUCCCUCACAUGGACUGCCAGAUCAAGGGCAGGCCGUGCUGCAUCGGCACCAAGGGCAGCUGUGAGAUCACAACACGGGAGUACUGCGAGUUCAUGCAUGGCUACUUCCACGAGGAGGCAACUCUCUGCUCACAGGUGCAUUGCCUGGAUGAAGUCUGUGGCCUCCUGCCCUUCCUCAACCCGGAGGUCCCCGACCAGAUCUACCGCCUGUGGCUGUCCCUGUUCCUGCAUGCAGGCAUCAUCCACUGCCUGGUGUCAGUGACCUUCCAGAUGACGGUGCUGCGGGAUCUGGAGAAGCUGGCGGGCUGGCUCCGCAUCUCCAUCAUCUUCAUCCUCAGUGGCAUCACAGGCAAUCUGGCCAGUGCCAUCUUCCUACCGUACCGGGCGGAGGUGGGCCCUGCUGGGUCUCAGUUCGGUUUGCUGGCUUGCCUCUUCGUGGAGCUCUUCCAGAGCUGGCAAGCGCUGGAGAAGCCAUGGAAAGCCUUGCUCAACCUCUCCGGCAUCGUCCUCUUCCUCUUCGUCUGCGGCCUCCUGCCCUGGAUCGACAACAUUGCCCACCUCUUUGGCUUCCUCAGCGGCCUGCUGCUCUCCUUUGCCUUCCUGCCCUACAUCACCUUCGGCACGAUGGACAAGUACCGCAAGCGGGCCAUGAUCAUCGUGUCCCUGCUGGUCUUCCUGGGCCUCUUCACCUCACUGUUCAUCUGGCUGUAUGUCUACCCCAUCAACUGGCGCUGGAUCGAGUACCUCACCUGCCUGCCCUUCACCAGCAAGUUCUGCGAGAAGUACGAGCUGGAGCAGGUCCUGCACUGACCCACGGAGGGGCUGCGGAGCUGGGACCGGCCUGCUUAGGGCCUACAGGCCCUCCUAACCCCAGGACAGCUUGUGGGGUGAGGCAGCAGCCGGGCCCAGCAGUGCCAAUCCUACUGUGAACACAACCCCCCUUUUUGCAGGGGCGCUUUUGUACCGAUGGCUCUUGGUCGUGUCCAUCACCUCGGGGCUUACAGGGGCUCUGUGGCCACGCUCUGGUUCAUCCCUUUCUCCAACCUGUCCCAGUGGGAUGGGGUCCUCCAGCACUUCUCAGCCUUGGGAUUUUUAAUUUUGGGAGGCUGGAGGUGUUUUCCUGAAUGGGCUGUGGGGGGACCCUGGUGGUUUCCACAGUGGAGGACUCUGGAGGUUUGGUUUUUUUUCCUCUUGGUUUGUUUGUUUUGUUUUGUUUUUUUUUGCAGCUCUGACACACUCAGAGCUAAGGAUUGAAGAUAUUUUUCAGCCCCCUGUUUGCUCCCCAGGGGCUCAGGAGCAAAGCUGUGCUCCUCAUGGUGGGCUCCUCACUGGGUGGGAUGGGGGUGCUGCUUUUUCCCCUCAUCUCAGUGAGGUUCCCCCUGUAAGUGGAGCACUGUGCUGGUAUGUAAGCAUAGAAGAAAGCACUCCAGUGAUUUUGUUCGGCUCCUAUUGGAUCACCAGGGUGAGGCAGGGCUUGGCUCCUCAGGACCCCCUCCUUGCUGCUGCUCUGGACCCACGGUGUCACCUCUUGUCCUUCAGGGUGUAAGCAGGUGACAUCCAGUGCUGUGUGUGACAGCGCUGUUCACAGGAGCAGCUCAAGUCCCUCAUCAAAACGAUCCAGGUGCUGGGGUCUCAGCCCCAUGUGUGCCCCCCCUGCUCUGCCGCAGGCCGGCUGCAGCCCCAUUCCUUGCUCCUCCGGUGCUGCUCCAGCCAAAGAUUGGCACCUCACCUCCGUUGUCUUUUU